AUGGUCCCCUGUACCGGAAGCAACACAGUGGCACCGAUUGCGUCCCUUCACGGAGAAGUCUGAAAACACAGCGGUGCUUCGAGUCGGACUAUGGAGCUGGACGGGGAUCGCUGAUUGCCCGCCGCAACGCGAUCGGUCGUUGUGCCGGUUUUAUGCAGGCUACUUUUAUUUAAAAGAAUUAAGUAGGUGUUUUAACAUUAAUUUAUUGGCAUGGCCUCGUCAGACGCCAAUAAUUUCAACUAUCUUCCCUCUGAGAGGGAUAAGCUGUCAUCUCCUACCUCUCACCAUGGCUCCAACAAUGUGGGCAGCCAUGUCGACUGUAACCAUGACGACAGACUGUUGUCACCGUCGGGGGGCUGGGUGGGUGCAGAACAGGAAGAGGAAGCACUUCGCAGGAAGUUGAAGUAUUUCUUCAUGAGUCCCUGCGACAAGUUCCACGCCAAGGGACGCAAGCCCUUCAAACUGGGCCUACAGAUCCUCAAGAUCAUCAUAGUCACGGUUCAGCUGGUGUUGUUUGGUCUGAGUAACCAGAUGGUGGUGACCUUUAAGGAGGAGAACACGGCAUCCUUUAAGCACCUCUUCCUCAGGGGCUACGCGGAAGGCUCCGGAGACACCCUAGCCGUCUACACGCAGGCCGACGUCUACGACCGCAUCUUUUAUGCCAUCGAGCAGUAUCUGUCAUUACCCCAGACCACAGUGGGCAGGUAUGCCUAUGUGUAUGGCGUAGGUGUGAACUCCAGCGCCCUCUCUCUUUGCCAGCAGUACUACAAAAAGGGUCGCAUCGACCCAGCAAACGACACUUUCAGCAUAGACCCAGAGGUGGUCACAGAUUGUGUAGGAGUGAACCCUCUCUCAGUCCCUCCUACAUCUCUGAGUAAUAGCUACCGAAACUUCACACUCAAGUUCCACAAGCUCAUUAAUGUAACUAUUCAGUUCCAGUUGAAGGCCAUUAACCUACAGACCAUCAUAAACAAUGAGAUUCCUGACUGUUACACUUUCCUCAUCACAAUAGUGCUGGAUAACAAGGCCCACAGUGGGAAGGUGAAGAUCAGUCUGGAUAACCACGCCUUCAUUAAGGAGUGCAGAGACCCCAGCGUCUCUGGCCACGCGGAGAACUAUGCGCGUGUGGCCUUUGACGUGGCCGUCUCAGUAGUGUGUCUGCUGUCCCUGCUCCUCUGUGGGAGGUCAAUCAUCAGAGGCAUCGUACUGCAACAGGAGUUUGUGGAGUUCUUCCGUGUGUCUCUGGGUCGUGCGGUCAGCUGGAGUGAGCGGCUGGAGUUUAUUAACGGCUGGUACCUCCUCCUCAUCUGCAGCGACUUGCUGACCAUCACCGGCAGCUUCAUCAAGAUCGGCAUUGAAUCCAAGAACCUGUCGUCCUAUGACGUGUGUGGGAUCCUGCUGGGCACGUCCACUCUGCUGGUGUGGGUGGGAGUCAUCCGCUACCUCAGCUUCUUCCAGAAGUACAACAUUCUGAUAGUGACUCUUCGAGCUGCAUUCCCCAAUGUCAUCCGAUUCUGUUGCUGUGUGGCCGUCAUCUACCUGGGCUACUGUUUCUGUGGCUGGAUCGUACUGGGACCCUACCACGUUAAAUUCCGCUCCUUGUCCAUGGUGUCAGAGUGUCUGUUCUCGCUGAUCAACGGGGACGACAUGUUUGUGACGUUCGCCGGCAUGCAGGAGAGCAGCACGCUGGUGUGGGUGUUCAGCCAGGUGUACCUGUACACCUUCAUCUCCCUCUUCAUCUACAUGGUGCUCUCACUCUUCAUCGCCCUCAUCACCGGAGCCUACGAGACCAUCAAGCACCAGACCCAGGAGCCCUUCCACAUCACGGACCUGCACGCCUUCAUUGCGGAGUGCACUGACACACCCAGCUCCGGCAAGUUCCGUGGCCUGGAAACAUCCCCCUGCUCCUUCUUCUGCUGCUGUGACAGGACCACCACCUAUGAGGAUGUGCUGCUGGUUAAUUAGCACUUUGCUGCCCCCUAUUGGAACAGAGAACACACUGCAUAUGGAGGACCUCAUGAUCUCUCUCUCUCUCUCUCUCUCUCUCCCCCCUGUAGCUCUCCCACAUACUGCCCCUGAAGUGUUUGGAAACUCUACGGGUACUAAGUAGCACAUUAUACUAAAAUGGACCAUUUCUGUGUCCGUGCGUGUGUGUGUGUGUCUGUGUGUCUCUGUGUGCAUGUGUGUGUGUGUGUGUGUGUGUGUGUGUGUCUCUCUCUCUGUGUGUGUGUGUGUGUGUGUAUGUGUGUUUGAAUGGGAGAACAUCAGUGCCUCCAAGGCAGCCACCAACCUACUGGACGAAUCAAAACGGCUGCAUUUUGUAUUUUAAACUGUUUAUUUUUCUUCUUUGUGUUUACUUUUGACAAAAGACCAUGCACUUCACAACUGUUCUGAAAUUGUCAAUGUCAGAUAUGACCUCAUGUGUUUUCUCCUCUGUAAAUGACAUGAUACUAAUGUGUCUUUUUGUAUGGAUUUUUAUGAGAAUUUGUAUGUCCCAUGACAUCUGAAAUGUUGUAGAAAUUAUUUUGUGGUGUCAUAAAUGUUGCUUGGACAACAAGACUAAA